AUGGAAGACCAAUGGCUGCUGUCGGCCAUUUAUGAUGAUGACUUGGUCGAGAGAAUACGAGAAAGUACUAGAGGAAGUUGCUCGAGGCAUACUUCAAUCAAUUUGCCGACUUUCGAAAAUGAGAUUCUAAGCUCUUCUUCUGGGUCGAGAACAUUCGACGAAUACUAUCUCCCGGCUAUUGAAGAGCCAAGAGAGAAGUUCCAGCUAGUUCGAAAACCAGCACCAAGUUUCGCCGGAAGAUAUCUCUCACUUCUCGCGAAUCAUUUUCAAAUCACUUGCAAAGGAUCGAUUGUCUAUCAGUAUUACAUCGGAAUCAAUCCGAGUAUUCCAUCGAAAAAGCUGAACAGGAAAAUUCUAAGUUUACUGGAGAAGCAAGUUCCGGAACUUCUCGAAUUAAACCUCGCGUAUGAUGGAAUGCACACUAUUUAUAGUUCGAAAUAUAUUGAUACAAGAAGAAUUAAUCAAAUUUCGAUAGAUUUAAAAGGAACUGUGAAAGAGUCGCCGAAUCAAUUCACAAUUUUCUUCACCUAUGUCGACAACUUUCGUUUGGAUACAAGAAUUCCACCUGAAAACCAAACUGCCAUUGAAAAGCAGCGAAUGAAACAUGCAAUCGAUACGAUUUUCCGACAAACAUCAGUCGGACGCUUCCACGUAGUUCAACAAUCGUUCUUCUCGAUUACACCUCAUCUACAAAUCGGCCCAGCUCAUGGCCUCGGAUGGGGAACUGUUAAUCUAGGACUCGGAAGAGAAGUUUGUUAUGGAUUUUAUCAGAAUGUCGUCGAAACUUUCGAUAUGUUGACAAUGAACAUCGAUGUUGCGACGACAACUUUCUAUCGUCCAAUUGCUCUUGUUGAAUUUCUCGCGGAAGUUCUUGAAGUUCCGCUUGCAACUGUUAUCGAUGGACGAUCGUUGAGUGAAGCACAAAAGAAGAAAUUCAACAGAGAAGUUGCCGGUUUGAAAGUCGAAACGAGACAUUGUGCUUCUCCGAGACGAUUCCGAGUUGCUAGAUGUACAUGGAAACCAAUGGAAAACAUUACACUGCAUAUCUCAAAUGGAACGGAUGCUUCUUUAUCGAUUUCAAUGGUGGAUUACUUCAAAUCUCGUUACAAUAUCGACCUACAAUACAGACAUCUGCCUUGUGUCGAAUUAGGUCGCAGUCGAGAAUGCAUUCUCCCUCUCGAACUUUGCUACAUUGUCGGCGGACAACGAUGUAUAAAGAAGCUAAACGAGCAGCAAAUCGCGAAUCUAAUCCGAGCGACGAGUCGAAAUGCAACAGAACGAAAAAGUGCUAUUAUGAAUAUACACGAAAGAGUUGAUGUUCGAAACGAUCCAUGUGGUUCGGAAAACGGACUUCGGGUCGAAAAUCAGAUGAUGAAGUUAGACGGUCGAGUGCUUCCAUCUCCUCGUCUUGUGUAUUGUUAUCCAAAUUCUAAACUCCAAAACUGUGUGACGACUCCGAAUAAUGGAACAUGGGAUAUGAGAGGAAAGAACUUUUAUACUGGAGUAAAAAUCAAAAAAUGGGCAGCCGUUUGUUAUGCCGAUUCAGCUAUUGUAUCCCCAAAUAAUCUCGAAUCAUUCAUCGGAAAUCUUCAGCGCGUUGCCAAAGAAAUCGGAAUGCCUUUUGUCGAAGAAUACUGCUUUUAUAGCUACAUUCCACCCGAUGAUGCAGCAACUUCACUUGAAAUCCUGCAUCGAACUUACCCAGAUCUCCAAAUAGCAAUUUGCGUCGUUCCUGGAAAGUCGACAGUUUAUGGUGAUUUGAAACGAAAAGGAGAUCUUCUUGGAUUGACAACCCAAUGCGUUCGCACCCACAAUGUCACCCGAGUAUCUCCACACACUCUUUCUAAUCUUUGUAUGAAAAUCAACUCAAAACUCGGCGGUGUAAAUGUCGCGUUAUCCGCUCCACCACCAGCUAUGACAUCAGAUCCAACUCUAUUCAUUGGAUGUCAUUUAGCACGAAACGCAGUUCCACUAGUAUCCGAUUCAUCGUCUUCCGAUAGCAACAUGGACACUUCGAUUGCUUGUCUCGUCGGCUCUCUCGACGGACAUCCCACUCGUUUUUCUCCAAUGUUUCGCGUACAAUCGCGAAAUUCCAGUACAAUUAUCGAUCUAACUGAUAUGAUGUGUGAAGCGAUUGCCAAUUUUCGUCAAGCCACCGGUUUUAAACCGCAUAAAAUUGUCAUCUAUCGCUCUGGAAUUGGCGAAGAAACUAUCGAAGAGAUUUUGCAAACGGAGCUACGUGCUAUCCGAGAAGCUUGCAAGCUCAUCGAACCCAAUUUUCAACCUGGAAUCACCUUUAUCGGAUUAGAUGUUACUCAUCACACAAGAUUCUUCGCUGCUAAUGAUAGAGACAAGAUUGGAAGCAGUCAGAAUGUACCAGCCGGAACACUGGUUGAAACGGGAAUCACUGUCAACAACGCUUUCGAAUUCUAUCUCGUCUCACACGCUGGAAUCCAAGGAACAUCUCGUCCAACGAAGUACGUCGUCAUGUGGGAUGACAACCAGUUUCCGCCGUAUGAAGUUCAUGAAAUGACUUACCAGCUCUGCCACACGCAAUCCCGUUGCACAAGAAGCGUCUCCAUUCCGUCGCCAGUUUAUUAUGCAAAGCUCGUGGCGCAACGGGCGAAAAUACUGUUAGCUGAUGAAAAGUUCGAUUCCCAGCUAUUCCAUGAGAAAUCACGAUCAGAUGGAAUGAUGUUCGUCUGA